GCCGGGCCUGCCCGGCAGCGGCCGCGGCGGCAGCGGCGCGUCCUCCAGCGGCGGCAGCGGCGCUCGCAGCGCCCGGACUUGCAGCGCUGUGCCCGGCCACGUCGGACCGCGGGAGCCACAGCCGUCUUCCCUCCUCGACCUCCUUCCCCUGACGCUCUCAGCAGCCUCGAGUCCUGGCCAUCCGCAGAAGCCUUCGCAGCAGGAUGGAACUGCAGUGAGGCGCGGGGGCUGAGCACUGCUGACCAGACGUGGGACGCUGGUGGUUCGCGGGUCACUGAGGCUGGACAACGUUCAUGGCUCUCGGGUAGAACCCAGUGAAACGGCCAGAAUGAAUUCUAUGGACAGGCACAUCCAACAGACCAAUGACCGACUACAGUGCAUCAAGCAGCACUUACAGAACCCUGCUAACUUCCACAAUGCCGCCACGGAGCUGCUGGACUGGUGUGGGGACCCGCGAGCCUUCCAGCGGCCCUUCGAGCAGAGCCUGAUGGGCUGUUUGACGGUGGUCAGUCGGGUGGCAGCACAGCAAGGGUUCGACCUGGACCUCGGUUACAGACUGCUGGCAGUGUGCGCUGCGAAUCGAGACAAGUUCACUCCGAAGUCUGCGGCCCUGCUGUCCUCCUGGUGCGAGGAGCUCGGCCGCCUGCUGCUUCUCCGACAUCAGAAGAGCCGCCAGAGCGACGCCCCCGGGAAACUCCCCAUGCAGCCUCCCCUCAACUCCAUGAGCUCCAUGAAACCCACUCUGUCGCACAGUGAUGGGUCGUUCCCCUAUGACUCUGUCCCUUGGCAGCAGAACACCAACCAGCCUCCCGGCUCCCUCUCCGUGGUCACCACGGUUUGGGGAGUGACCAACACAUCCCAGAGCCAGGUCCUCGGGAACCCUAUGGCCAAUGCCAACAACCCCAUGAAUCCAGGCGGCAACCCUAUGGCAUCGGGCAUGACCACCAGCAACCCCGGCCUCAACUCCCCCCAGUUUGCUGGGCAGCAGCAACAGUUCUCGGCCAAGGCCGGGCCCGCUCAGCCCUACAUCCAGCAGAGCAUGUACGGCCGGCCCAACUACCCCGGCAGCGGGGGCUUCGGGGCCAGCUACCCCGGGGGUCCUAACGCCCCCGCAGGCAUGGGCAUCCCUCCGCACACCAGGCCGCCUGCUGACUUCACUCAGCCGGCGGCUGCUGCCGCGGCAGCUGCAGUGGCGGCGGCGGCAGCCACGGCCACGGCCACGGCCACGGCCACUGUGGCAGCCUUGCAGGAGACGCAGAACAAGGAUAUAAACCAGUACGGACCGGUCUGUUCCUCUUUCCAGAUGGGUCCCACCCAGGCGUAUAACAGCCAAUUCAUGAACCAGCCCGGGCCGCGGGGGCCUGCCUCCAUGGGGGGCAGCAUGAACCCCGCAAGCAUGGCGGCUGGCAUGACACCCUCGGGGAUGAGCGGCCCUCCCAUGGGGAUGAACCAGCCCCGGCCGCCCGGCAUCAGCCCCUUUGGCACCCAUGGGCAGCGGAUGCCCCAGCAGACCUACCCGGGGCCCCGGCCCCAGUCCCUGCCUAUUCAAAGCAUAAAGAGGCCAUACCCGGGAGAGCCCAACUAUGGAAACCAGCAAUAUGGACCAAACAGCCAGUUCCCCACCCAGCCAGGCCAGUACCCUACCCCCAACCCCCCACGGCCGCUCACCUCUCCCAACUACCCCGGGCAAAGGAUGCCCAGCCAGCCGAGCACGGGGCAGUACCCACCCCCCACGGUCAACAUGGGGCAGUAUUACAAGCCAGAGCAAUUUAAUGGACAAAACAACACCUUCUCGGGAAGCAGCUACAGUAACUACAGCCAGGGGAACGUCAAUAGGCCUCCUAGGCCGGUUCCUGUGGCAAAUUACCCCCACUCACCUGUUCCAGGGAACCCCACACCCCCCAUGACCCCCGGGAGCAGCAUCCCCCCGUACCUGUCCCCCAGCCAAGACGUUAAACCACCCUUCCCGCCUGACAUCAAGCCAAAUAUGAGCGCUCUGCCACCACCCCCAGCCAACCACAAUGACGAGCUGCGGCUCACGUUCCCCGUGCGGGACGGCGUGGUGCUGGAGCCCUUCCGCCUGGAGCACAACCUGGCUGUCAGCAACCACGUCUUUCACCUGCGGCCCACAGUCCACCAGACCCUGAUGUGGAGGUCCGACCUGGAGCUGCAGUUCAAGUGCUACCACCACGAGGACCGGCAGAUGAACACCAACUGGCCGGCCUCGGUGCAGGUCAGCGUGAACGCCACGCCCCUCACCAUCGAGCGCGGGGACAACAAGACCUCCCACAAGCCCCUGCACCUCAAGCACGUGUGCCAGCCGGGCCGCAACACCAUCCAGAUCACCGUCACGGCCUGCUGCUGCUCCCACCUCUUCGUGCUGCAGCUGGUCCACCGGCCCUCCGUGCGCUCCGUGCUGCAAGGCCUCCUCAAGAAACGCCUCCUGCCCGCGGAGCACUGUAUCACGAAAAUCAAGCGGAAUUUCAGCAGCGUGGCUGCCUCGUCAGGCAACACGACCCUCAACGGAGAGGAUGGCGUGGAGCAGACAGCCAUCAAGGUGUCUCUGAAGUGCCCCAUCACAUUCCGGCGCAUCCAGCUGCCUGCUCGAGGUCAUGACUGCAAGCACGUCCAGUGCUUUGACCUGGAGUCGUACCUACAGCUGAAUUGUGAGAGAGGGACCUGGCGGUGUCCUGUGUGCAAUAAAACGGCUCUGCUUGAGGGCCUGGAGGUGGAUCAGUACAUGUGGGGCAUCCUGAACGCCAUCCAACACUCCGAGUUUGAAGAGGUCACCAUCGACCCCACGUGCAGCUGGCGGCCAGUCCCCAUCAAGUCAGACCUGCACAUUAAAGAUGACCCAGAUGGCAUCCCCUCCAAGCGGUUCAAGACCAUGAGUCCCAGCCAGAUGAUCAUGCCCAACGUCAUGGAAAUGAUCGCAGCCCUGGGCCCUGGCCCAUCCCCCUACCCACUCCCGCCUCCACCGGGGGGCGCCAACUCCAACGAUUACAGCAACCAAGGCAACAACUACCAGGGCCAUGGCAACUUUGACUUCCCCCACGGAAACCCUGGCGGGACGUCCAUGAACGACUUCAUGCACGGGCCGCCCCAGCUCUCCCACCCCCCGGACAUGCCCAACAACAUGGCCGCCCUCGAGAAACCCCUCAGUCACCCCAUGCAGGAAACUAUGCCACACGCUGGCAGUUCUGACCAGCCCCAUCCCUCCAUACAACAAGGUUUGCACGUCCCACACCCCAGCAGCCAGUCAGGGCCUCCAUUACAUCACAGUGGGGCUCCUCCUCCUCCUUCCCAGCCUCCCCGGCAACCGCCACAGGCCGCUCCCAGCAACCAUCCACACAGCGACCUGACCUUUAACCCCUCCUCAGCCUUAGAGGGUCAGGCCGGAGCACAGGGAGCAUCCGACAUGCCGGAGCCUUCGCUGGAUCUCCUUCCAGAACUCACAAAUCCCGAUGAGCUCCUCUCGUACCUGGAUCCCCCCGACCUGCCGAGCAAUAGUAACGAUGACCUCCUGUCUCUCUUUGAGAACAACUGAAGCCCACCCCUCCACUGGGGCCAUCCCCCCCCCCCACUCUGCCUCCUUCCCCGUCUGUCCCACACACACUUUACCACUGGGAGCCCAUGCCCUCAGACCGCCCCUGCUGCGGCCUUCUCAGAGCGGAGGGGCGGGAGGGUGCACUGUGAAGGCUGUGUGGGUCUGGUGCCCGUGCCCAGAGCAGGCCCUGAAGAUGAGCCUCGAGGUGGGGAACCGGCCCGGCGAGAGGGCACAUGCUGACAAAGCCUUCCUGGUCCCUCUGUGUGUGCUGAUUCCAAACGACCCUCCAGUGCCCCCCGAGGUUCUUCCGGUUUCUAAACUGUAACCCUGCCUCCCUGCUUCCUGGCCCAGAGCCUCCUUCAAGUGACUGAGCCUGAGAGAAGGCGCCCCGAGACCCAGGCAGGCCCCGAGCCUUGGAGGAGCAGUGACGGUUGGCGGCAGUGAGAAUGGCCCACCCACCACCACCACCACCACCACCACCACCACCACCACCACCACAGAAAAGCACAAACCUCUGGGAAAGAGAACUCUCUCAGGGGCCAAGGUCGUCGCUUUGACCCCUGACCUCUAAGCCAAGAUACCCUGUAAACACUCUCUCUCAGAAAGCAGAGAAAAAAAGGACAAGAUUCUGUGUUCGAGAGAGGGUGUGCCAUUCCUGCUUGGGGACCGGUGGGAAAGGGGGUCAGGGCCUCCUCAGAGCCAGGACAGUGCAGCUGGCCCCAUGACCUCUGGACUCAGUCCGGGGCCCGGCCUCGGGGAGCAGAGGGAGAGAGUCCCCAGCCAAAAUUACUGUGCCCUUAGUUGGGGGGCAGGGGGAUGCCGCCAGCCGGAGUCCGAUAGGAACGGCAACUUACAACUUUGCUCCGAGCCACUCCCUGUUUUUCAAUGACGAUUAAUUAAGCUACGGAGUCAUCUGAGAAAGGGGACGGUAGACUUGGACGGCAAGCAACCCAUUUCUCUCCACGCGUCCUGUUUCCUCCCUCCUGCCCCCACCCACGUCUCCCAGACUGUUACGGGGGACACCUGCUUCCCUCUGUCCCACUUCUGCUGUGUCCGCCCCGACAGCCGGGUGGGCCGGUGGAGGGGCGGGGGAGGCUCAGGCGCCUGUGCGGGCAUGGCGCAGGCACCUCUCCGGCCCCCCCCCCCCCCCGUCCCGGCUGUCCCUGUGCUCAAGGCUGCCCCAGCUGCACCCCAGUCCGUCACCACACGUGCCGGGAUGUGCCCGCCAGCGUCACGUGGUGUCUCUGUGCCGCACUUGGCUGCCGGCCUCUCCUUCCCUCUGUGUCCCCCUGCCCUGCAAAGCUGCCCACACUCCUGCUCACCGGAGCAGAAGCAGCCUCUGGUCUUUCCCUCCACUGCCUCGCUCCAUCCGGCUUACUGCUCUCGGAGUCUCCCGGGUAGCUUGUGGGGCGUCCGUUUCGUCUGGGGGUCCUCUGUCCCCCUAAGCCGCAUGGCCUGUGAUGCUGCUGGGCCGUCACUUGGGUCACGUCUGUGAAUUCGUUGCGCCCCUCCCUGCUGCUGCCUGGGGUCUCCUGCUUCCCGUCCACUGUCCGUGUUCUCGAGCUCCGUCUCCCCCUGUGGCGGGUGGUCCCCAGCACUCCUCUGGAUUUGACCGGAACGGUGGCCCCAGCUGUCGAUUUCCAGUCACUGUACCAGACAGCCGGCACAAGGUUUUCUGUAGGAAAGCUGCCAUUGUCCCCGCCCCCUUUUCCUUUGUCCCGUUGUCGAGGUUUUUUCAAACAGCGUGGUGUUCAGUAUGCAAAUCAAUUAUUUUGAGAAUUGCUUUUGUAAAUAUCUUUGUGAAUAUUUUAGUAUUGUCUUUGAUAAUAUCCAACAUUUUCAUGACCUGGUUAUAGCCUUUGCUGGUGUUUUUAAAAGACCUUGACUCAA